AUGGGAGAGGUCUGGGCCACAGGGGUUGGGAUCGAGGAAACCGGAACCGGAGAGGGGGUGGAGCCCCGGGACACGGAGCCCCGAGAUCGACCCCUCCUCGCCCGAGACGUCACAGAGGAUCGGACCCGCCCCCGACCGCGCUCCGUCCGCAUUUUCCGCGCGUGCGCUUUCUCGGGAAUGCUUCCCGUCUCCCCUGGACUGAUGUCACUGUCUCCGUCCCUCUCCCCUUCUGAUGUCUCCUCCCCAGUGUCUGUCCCUGACUCUCUCUCCUCCUUCUCUGAUGCUGUGUCCACACCCUGUCCCCGUGUGUGCGAUCCCUGCUUCGCCCGUGCCCGUACUUGCUCCGCGAUGCGAGCCGACCGCCGCGGUUCUGUUUCCGGGUCCUGCGUCACCGCCGUGCGUCCCCUACGUCUACUUACGGGUGCUGCUCGGAAUUCCGCGGCUGCUCCGAGCUUGUUCCCCGCGUCUGACGUGGACGCUGCGAUUUGGGAGCCCUUCCCGGAUGUCCCCCGUGUCUCGCCCCCCGCGUGCGUCUUUGGCACGGCGCCCGCCAAGGCCGCCACCCCCGGUAGCAGUCUGGAGGCUCCCGGUUCCCGUCCAGCAGGUCACAGGAGAUGGAUUCAGAGGCGCCUUUCCGAUUCCGAUCCGGGCAUUUCUGGUACGAGGUUUCUUCGGGAGAAGUGGAGUGUGGUGUUGUCUCUCUGGCUGCUGCUUCUUCAGACUCUUCUGGCUGCCUUCCCAAGGAGUUAUCAGUGGUCUCCUGGGAACGAGUCCAACUCUGGGAACUGCCCGCCUGGGAGCUGCCUGCUCGGGUGCUGCCCACCUGGGUGUUCUCUCUGCAGCUCACUCUUCGGCUCUCCGCUCGGGCUGCCGCUCUUCGUGCCCACCUUCGGUCCCACCUUCGCGCCCAACUUCGCGCACACCCAGGGACGCCAGAUGCCGGGGUCAGCUGUUACUUGUCUCUGCCCCAGCACGGGAAAAAGUGGUUCUGGGUAG